UUAGAGCUAUGCUCUGUGGUGAUGACCUUCUGUUUCCCCCGUGUCUUGGUUUGUAGACGGAUGCCGCGCUGAUGUACGACGCCGUGCAUGUGGUGGCCGUGGCUGUGCAGCAGUCUCAGCAGAUCACCGUCAGUUCAUUACAGUGCAACCGACACAAGCCUUGGCGCUUUGGAGCGCGCUUCAUGGCCCUCAUCAAAGAGGCACACUGGGAUGGCUUGACUGGAAGAAUCUCUUUCAACAGGACCAAUGGCCUGAGAACAGACUUCGACCUUGAUGUUAUUAGUCUCAAAGAAGAGGGUCUUGAGAAGAUUGGUACCUGGGAUCCAGCAAGUGGCCUCAAUAUGACUGACAAUCAGAAGGGAAAGACAACUAAUGUCUCAGAUUCAUUGUCCAAUCGAUCCCUUAUUGUCUCCUCCAUACUGGUGAAUAUAUUUUUUCCUAUUUUUCUUAAACUUUAUUUGAUUUAUUUGUAUUUGAUAGCAACACAGUCUAGUUCUGUUUAUUCUAAAAAUGUGUAGGAAAAAGAAUUAAAGACACCCAGCAGAUUACAUUGGGUUGAGUUUGCAAUUAUUCAUCAUACUGAGCAUGCAUGCAGUAAAAAGAAAGAAAGGAAAAGUUUCAUUUUAAUAAGAAAAAACCUCCAGCAGAGCCAGGACCUGGCUCAACAUAAACGGCCAUCUUCCUUGGCCGACUGGGUGUUUGAGAAGGCACAGAAAGACACACAACCACUGAUCCAGGAGUACUUUCUAUGUCAUAAAGAUAGAUACAUUCAGACACUUAUAUACACAUCAGUGGGAAACUGAACGCGGUUUCAUAGGAAAUUGGACUUCAGCCAUCAUCUUUCCAAUUGCAAAAUGAGUACUCUCCGAGUUACAGUCGCUGCCUGCUGUUACAGUAAACACUGACUGCCUAAGCUGUGUAUUCCGGCAGAUGGUUCUAGAAUAUACAAGGUUGUUGUAUUAAAUUGUAUAAUUGUAUACAUUAAAAUUGCUGCAGCAGUAAGCAUUAAGUAAGUGAAGUUAUUAAUAAAAACAAAUUUGAAU